AAUUUCACAUUUCACAUAUCCAAACCUCAUAAAAGCUCACAAGAAUCCAAAACAUGAAGAAUCUAGCAAUCCUUCUUGCUAUCAUACUCGUCUCAUGCUAUCUCACGUCUCUAGUCACAGCAAGUGAUUUGGAGUCAAUGCCAUCAUCGCGUAACGAAAAGCUCGAAUGGUGGCAUUACCAUUCCUACCCUUACUUUCACCCCAAGCCACCACAUUGGCCGUUCCCAUGUUCUUCCGAAAAAGCCUUUCCGCCACUCCCCGCCGGCUACAACCAUUUCCACCCUGUUCCAUUCCAUCCACCACCGGUAGUCACCAAGUGCUUGUCUGAUUGCAAGGAUGUAAAAACAUGUAUGGCGGAUAUCCGGAAAGCUUUCUUCACCCGCAAACCUGCUAUUGGAUCGGAAUGUUGUGCUUCGAUACAGAAGAUGGAUGAAGACUGUGACAAGACUGUCUUUGGAGCUUACCAUAACCCUUUCUUUGACUGCUUUGUUAAGCUACAUUGUGCCACCAAAGCUGGAUCUACUCCAUCUGCUCCCUCGCCAGCUUAGAGGUUUUAGUUAGUUAUUAGAAUUAUAAAUAAUGAGUUUUAGUUGGUAUUAUAAUUUUCCUUUUUAAUUAUGCUUCUCCAUAUUAAGCUUCGAGGAAAUAAAGUGCAUCCUUCUUAAUAA